UGGCGACGUCCGCACCAACCAGCGUCUCCAGUAGUUCGCGCCGACUGUGGCGGAGUGCGGUGCAGGUAGAGAUCCCAUGGGAACCGUUGCGUCGGGAUACCAUCAGCGUCCGAAAGUCGACCCAAAAUGAAAGUUGCAACAGAUUUACCAGCACUUGAAAAAUUUCCGCCACGAUUUCGAGACGAAGGUUCGCAAUGUGUAUCGGUUUCGGAAAAUUCGAACGCAAUACUUUCAGCGGAAUUAUACGAGAUUGGCAGCGAUAUAGAGAUAUCAUGGUCUAAAGAUGGAGCUCCAAUCGCCCCCGAACCCCGCCGAAGGCUCAAAAUUACCGCAAACAUCGUCCAGCUGACCUUAGACGAUGUUCAAAAAAGUGAUGCUGGCAUGUACACAGUCAUGGCCAAGUCGCCUCAGGGAGCAGCAUCUAGAGACUUGGAACUGAGGGUGAACAGCGGCAACAGCCCCGACGAGAACGAACCUCCGGCGUUCCUUCGACGCCUCAACGACCUCUCCGUAAAAGUUGGAACAAGGACUAGGUUUCUAGUCGAAAUAAGAAGCUGUUCCGAACUGACGAUCGAAUGGCUCCACAACGAAGAAAAAGUGGAGGAAGGAGAACGACUCAGAUUCGUUAACGAAGGUGGUUUUCAUUGCAUCGAUGUCGCCCCGGUAACAGCCAAUGAUGCCGGAAGAUGGACCUGUACUGCUCGAAACGAGUUUGGACAAGCGUCUAGCACCUGCCAUCUCAACGUACUCGUACCGAAAACUUACAAACCUCCUGAGUUCCUGGAAGAACUUCGCGCUCUUCUGACGGAACAAGGAACCGUAUCGCUGGAAUGUAAGGUGGUGGGAGUACCAACUCCCUUACUUCGCUGGUUCAAGGAUGGAAAGGAGAUCAAGGCUGGAGACGUUUUUGCCCUCACUGCAAACCCCGACGACCCAACUUCUUUGGGAACGUACAUGUGUGAAGCAGUCAAUUGCAUGGGCAAAGCUGUGUCCAGUUCCAAGGUGCACGUUGUUGGAAAGGGAAGUCGUGAAGGGUCCCUUAAACCAGCAGACAGUUCACUGCCACCUGGACCUCCACCGGUAUUCAUUCGCGAUUUACAAAACGAAGCAAUUAAAAUUGGUGAUCCUUUGUUAUUGUCCUGUCAAGUGUCCGUACCUCCCUGGCCCAAAUCUGUGGCGUGGUAUAACUCCGAAGGUCGCAUCAACGACGAAGUUGCAGGUAGCAGGUAUCGACAGAUGGCAGAUGGUUUAGGAGGGUACAUGCUCGAAGUCAAACCUACAGAAGCAGCAGACCAAGGCGAGUGGAAAUGUGUAGCCACAAGCCAAGAUGGUUCUGUUUCUAUUUCUACGUGUAACGUCCAAAUGACUAUACCGAAACAUUUUCGAAAACCUCGAUUUAUGGAUACUCUUAAGGCCGUACUUACUGAUGAAGGGUUAGUUUCUUUUGAAUGUAAAGUAGUAGGUUCCCCCACUCCGCUAUUACGAUGGUUCAAAGAUGGACAAGAACUAAAACCGGGAGACGUUUAUCAAUUAACAGGAACGAACUCACUAGGGUCGUACUGUUGCAUUGCUAAAAACUGUAUGGGAGAAGCAAGAAGUUCGGCUGAAUUAACAGUUGAAGAUAUUCAAAGUCAACUGAAUGAUGAAGAACGGGCUCAACUGAUUUUGAGGAGUCAAGCGCCGAAGUUUAUUCAUGGCUUGAAGAGUGUCGAAGCGAAAAUUAACGAAACGUUUAGAUUUACAGUUCAAGUUAGUGUUACUACACCUUUACCUACACUGUCUUGGUACCGAGAUGAUCACCCGUCAGAAAACGAACCCGAACGUUACUUCGCAAUAAAAGAAAAUUUAGGUGUUGGACAUUUAGAUAUAGUUAAGGUAGAAUUUAUGGAUCAGGCAGAAUGGAAAUGCGUAGCUACCAACGAAUUUGGUCACUCCGUUACUUCCUGUUUCCUUAAACUUAUUAUCCCCAAACACUUCAAGAAGCCCAAAUUUUUGGAAUGUUUACGAGCUGUUUUAUCAGAAGAAGGUGCUGUUAAUUUAGAAUGUAAAGUAAUAGGUGUUCCGCCCCCAGUUCUUAAGUGGUAUAAAGAUGGCGUCGAACUGAAGCCUGGUGACAUUCAUAGAAUAACCUCUGGAGAAGACGGUACUUGUUGUCUUGGCACUUACACUUGUGAAGCAAGAAACUGUAUGGGUGUAAUGGCAAGUUCAGCAUCUCUUCUUGGUUUUGAGGACCCAAAAACAAGAACACAACAGAGAAUAGAGCUGGCUAGACAACCAUCAUUGUCUACUAUUCACGAAGAACGUACCUCUCAAAUUUACGACACUGCAGGAGAUCAGUCUUUGACAAUAGAUGACCGCGGUGAAGUUUCCUUCUCGUUUGACGGGAAAGAAGUUUCCGUGUCUUUAUACGAAACUCCUGAUUUGACGGAAGAGGAAGCUAUACAGAUUGUAGAGAUGUAUGCAGAUCAGUUGUCAGAACACGUUUCUGAACAUAACGUCGUCGAACUACCUCCUCUGCGAUUCGUCAAAGAGACAUCCACUUCCGGCAAUUUGCUCAUGGAAGCUGUAGUGGUCGACGUAUCUGAGAAUUUCUUCACUCCUGAGGAACAAGACCUCCGAACUGAAGCCGACGUUGAUGAAAUUUACUCAAUCACGGACGAAACGGGUCAACUUGUGUCUUCUGUCACUUCCGAGAAGCUCAAGAUCGAUGUGACUAGCUCCAGUGGUGAAUCGCCGAAGAGACCUCCUAGAAAAUCGGAUUCGCAGAAGAGCAACUCGUACUACAGUUUAACUAAAAACCAGUCGUUGCAGUCGGAUGCUGGUGAGGAAAGCUUAGCAGUAGCUGCUGACUUAGACACGGAAUCAUACGGUGAGUACGAGAGUGCUAUAAGUUCCGAGAAAGUAGAGCAAAAUCGCGCCUUCCAAGUGGCUGCGAUUACUGAAACCACAAGCUUACCAGGAGACGAUAUAGAUUCUAGAAGACCUCUAACGCCACGUACGACACACGAAAUAGGGUCAGACUUGAGGGUUAACAGGAGCGAAAGUCAGGAAUUGAGAAGAAGACGAUCGUCUCAGAGUUCGGACGAAAUUUCGAAAGACGGUUUAAUGAAGAGAGUACCGAAGAAAACGAAAAGUUUGGAUCUACCUGACGAUUUUCAAAGAGAUAUUCAAGGUGAAGAAGGCGAUGGUUUGGUUAUUGAUCCUGAAGUUAAUGCUGCUAAGCAGGUGGAAUUGAAAAAAGAAGAACUGCAACUUAUAGACGAACUAAAAUUGAGUAUAUCGGAGAUUCAGCAAGGUUUACUUUCGGUUGAAGAGGAACUGUUUGUUCAAACUACAUUGAAAUCAACUUCGGCUACAGCCAAACAGAGUUUAGAUACUUUAAAUAGUAUCUUACAACCAUAUCGGGAUAUGCAAACUGUGUUGCAAACCAUCGUUCAAGAAGAAAGGAAGGCUGAUAUGUCGGCAGUAGAACUAAUUGCGCCGCCAAUAUUCGAGCUACAAAAGAACCUAUCGGUCAUUGAAAAAUGUAUAGAGAUGCAAGGGAAAGAUCACACUUUGAUUCAAAAAACUUGCGCCAAUAUUUUAGACACGACGGGAUUGCAACUCCAGAGGAGUUUAAAGUUAAUUGAAAACUUGACUUUGUUAGAGAAAGAGUUAGAUUCUACGAAAAUUUCAGGAAGAAUGACUCCUUCUAAAAUAAUUCAAGAAGUCUGUAUAACUAUUAGAGAAAUUCAAGGUGGACUAGACAAUUCUGAUAAACUAUUACAAACUAAACACUUUGAAAUUUCGCAAAAAUCUUCACAAGAUUCUGAGGAAACCUCAAAGAGUGAAACCACUACUGAAAUAAUUAAAAGAGACUUGUUAUCGAAUAUUGAAUACUUUGCUCAAACUCUACAAGACGGUUUCAGUAAGAGUAAAUUUUAUGAAGAGUCUGACAGGAGAUUCUAUGAGUGGCCUAGUGACAUUCUCAACAAUGUCUCCGAACCUACGAAGGACAUAGUGAAAGAAAUGUCAACCAUCAGCAAACUGUCAAUACGACAUGCAGCCGAAAAGACUUUAGAACAAGAAAUAAGACUGGCACUAAUCGAUAAAUUAUCGCACCCAAUAGGAGAACUCGUUAGUACCUUGGAAGAAAUCAAAAAACAAGAUCCUGUUGCUUACAGAUUCGCUGAAUUAAAAGAGAAACGAAAUGUUAUUUCUGAUUCUGUAGACAAAAUAGUAAACUCUAUUAGCACCCUUAAAGGGAAGAUCAAACCUGGCACUGUACUUCUACAAAGUUCACCCGAAUUAAGCUCUCAGGAAGUAGUUAAAGACGUGUUCGAUCAAGUGAGCCAAAUUGUGCUCAGUAACAUCACACAAUCUGUAGAAGAUCUUCUGUUUAAUAUAGAGUCUGCGCAAAAAGUCGUCACCGAUACUGUCGUUUUAGAAGCUUUGAGACAAAUUUCAACGUUGCAGAAAGAUUUAGCCACAACAAUCAUCAAAGUAUCUCAGAUUAAAAUAGAAGCCACUCUUAAUGCUCUUGAAAGCAUAGCACAACCCGUGGAAGUAUUAAACAACCAGUUAACAGAAAUAACACCCACGACUAAUCGAGACGUUCUUGAUGAUUUAAUUGCUUCGUUAAAUAUUCUAGAAGAAAGUAUAAUUGUGGAUGAAGAAAGACUAGAAACUAUAGAUUUAUGUAUUCCGUUUUCAAUCUUACGCGGACGAACGUGUGAAGUUCGGGAAAACAUUUGCGGUUUAACGGAACACGGUACAGUUCCUGAAUCCUUAUCUGAAGACUCGAAAGAAGGAAGUGUGGUUGUUAUACUUGAAGAGUCUUCAGAUACAGUUGUACCAACAGGACUACUAGAAGACACACGUCAGGCAAUAUCAUGUCUGCAAAAUGAAUUAACAAACAUUUCAGUUCAGUUGGCAGUUCCGUUGAUGGAGUGCUUACGAAAUCUUCUAGCUGUCACAAGUGAAUCUCUGCUUGAAAAGAAGAAAGAAGAAUUGUCUUUAGACGAACGCGAAGUUCUACAAAACUACGUUGCGCCUCUGGAGCAAAUUGAAGAUUCUCUAAUCGAUGCUCAAGACAUCCUAAACGAGCAACCCGGAGUUUCUCAGGAAAAGGAUAGAAUCAGGCUGAUUCUAGAACACAUUCAGUACAACGUCGCAGUAAUGCAUCAACAAAUUUUAGAUGAAGUAGUUUUCCUAGACCAACUGCAGCAACCGCGCAAAUGCACUUUAAGCGAUCUGAAGAGAUCCAUAGCUAAUAUUUUGUCGCUACCGAUCAUGCAAGAAACGCCAGGUUCGGAAUUUGUAUUUUCUGCUGCCGUUGCUAAAGCGGUGACUGAACACGUCAGCGAGUUAGAAAAAUGUCUUGCUGUACUUUAUCAGGAGACUGUUGUGGAAGGUGUUGAAAAAAUUGAGCCUGAAUUGUACCACACAGCUUCUGAAGUGAUUGAGUGUAUUGAGAAAUUGACGAGUGGACCUUUGUUUAUGGAGACAAGUGAGUCUCCAAUAACAGAACAAGAUGUAGUGGAAAUUAAACAAUUGUCGGAACCGUUACGCAAACUUGGUGAUAGCGUCACUAACAUACAACACUUUGAAGACGAGAAAAAGAAAGUGUUUGCAGCUAUUCGAGUUCCUUUAUUGGCUAUUAAUGAUUUUAUUUUAGAAGUUAGAAAUGAAGACUUCAGGAAACGUUUAGCGUCUUUAGAAGAAACUGUAGGUGAUGCUUUAGAAGUAUUGACAAUUGAACAAACUAGAGGCGAUAUUACGCCUGCGGAUUUAGAGCCUCUGAAUUCUUUGGAAGACGAUUUAAAGAACAUUAAAGACAGAAUUGGUGACAUUGAUCAAAAACCAUUAUCAUUAGAACACUUGAAUAAAUCUUUAACACAAUUAUCGGAAAAAGUAAUGUUUUUGAGUAAAAACCCAGGCUUGAAAUAUAUUUUGAAAUCACUAAGAUUUUUCCUAGAAGCAUUUGAAUCUUCCUUAAAGCACAUUGCCCUUCCUCUGCCAGAUCAAAUAGCUACAGAUAUGGGUAAUCUCCAGAAAUCUUUGACUGUUGUAAAAUGUAAACCUCAAUUUUCUACUAAUCAGUACGAAAUUAAACAAAUCCAUACCUAUUUGUCCACUAUUAUAAACAGUGAAGAAUUACACACUUUGGAUGAUUCAAAAUCAGAACCACUAAAAAUUACGAUAGGAACUUUGAAACAAGUUAUCAAACAAACUGAAGAGUUAGAAUCAAAGAAAGAGUUAACCAUUCCAGAAGCCUUAUAUAAUAAUGUGAAUAAAUUCAGUCUAGAAGUUAAAUCAUUAGAAAAAUCGCAUUUCCCUAAUUUAGUCGAUAGUUUAAAUAAAAUAGCGUCUAUUUUAGAGUCAGUUUUCAACGUGACGGAAUCUUCCAAACAAAAACCCGAGUUGACAACAAAAGAGUUUGAUGAAAAUCUGACGAGUUUGAUAAACAUACAAGAGAAACAGGUUUUGAAAGAGCGAAGAGUUCUGAUCGAAGAACUGCAUUAUACAUUACCAGUUUUAAAGGAAAAUGCGCAAAAUGUUGAUCUUAGUGAACCAGAAAAGAAAAUAGUCGCAGAUGCAACAGAAAUUGUGAAAUUAAUUUCCGAUUAUUUAAGUAAUGAAGAAGUGACGAGUGAAAAAGCCAUUGAAAAAGUUGUCCGCUCAAAGGAAGCUGCCAAGGGAGUAAAAAGUGAAAAAGACUUAAUAAAAACUAUAGCAGUUCUAUAUUUUAAAACAGCGAAUACUUUACAAAACAUCAAAAAAGUCGAAGACGCUCAAAGAGAUAUCAAAAUCCAACACAUUCAGAUGGUGUUAGACUCAGUUCAAGGUUUUGCAAGACAUGUAGCUGCUAUUAAGUAUCCCAACAUUGAUAAAGAAAAAAUUCAGUUGGUACAGCAAUCACUUGAUCCCCUACAAACCGCUGUAAAUCUCUUAAGUGAAUUAGCUUUAACCGAAAAUGACUUAAAGUUCCUUGAAAAUAUUGCCAAAAUAAUGGGUGACUUGGAUCUGUUUGUGUCUUCCAAGCUUACAGUUACAGAGGAAACUUUGACUCAGGAAUUACCUAGAAAGGAAGACAUUCUGGUGCUACUUAACAUUCUCAACAAAGCUGUAAAUACAAUUGAAGAAACAUCACCAAUCAGACAAAUUACGCACCUACUUAACACCAUAGUUGAAAAUAUGCCAGACGUUGCUCAACAAUUGCAAGUAGCCUAUAACACAGAAGUUAAAACCGAAAUUGUUAAGAAAUCGUUACUAACACCGUUGAAGCAUAUCGACGAAACUUUAUGCCAACAACCGCAAAGUGUACAAGAAAAUUUGCAAAACGUAGAAGAAAAUUUAAAUAAGUUUGACAAACUUUGUCAUGCUGAUCUGACUGAAGAUGAAGUUACGUAUGUUGAUGCUAUAAAAACGUACGUCAGCGAAUUAAAAACGGCAUGUGAAACAAAAGACAUUGCGGUACUAAAAACGCAACAAAGCAAUCUGCUAUCUUUAGAACCAUCUGUUAACGUACCGUACUUACAGACUUUAACACAAGCUAUAUUAACUACUGGACAAGGUGUCAUUUUAGAGCUUGAUAAACAAAAAGCUUCACAGGUGGAAGAAUCAUCUAAACCUAUAAAAGAACUUAUUGUUUCAUUUAAAGAAAUGCAAAGUCAACUUGAAUCAUUACAAGAUGUUUCUGUGCCUGGAAUCGAAGAGAAAGUUCACUUAGUAUUAAGUGAUAUUCAGCAGUUGGAACCUGUGGUGCUUGAAACAGUUCCACUGUCAUCUACAGAGAUACAGUACGUGAACGAACAAAAGAAAUUAAUUGCAGAACUUAACACUUAUUUAACAACGCAGAUACAAGAACCUACUUAUGAACCCACUGCAUUUGAAAACAUAGUAAACAAAGUAGAAAGUGCAAAAAGCGCAGUUAAAACAGAAAACAUACAGUGUUUACAAGUUUGCAAAGUUUUAGACACCGCAGUUCAAAACGUAGGUGAAAUCGUCGAACUAAAGAGAUGUGCAGAAGUUGCAAAAAUCACAAAACCGAUGAUUGAAUCUCUGGAAACUCUUCGAGGAAGCAUCGUUAAAAUAGAAGAAGAAACUGCUACAACCGAGAAAAAAGCAGCGAUUACAGAACUGCAACGAUCGGUAGAAGCUGUUGAAAGUUUGAUCGACACCAAGUUGAAACAAAUUGCUCCAAAUUUGGCGAAAGAAGAACAGUUGGUGGUGGACGCUGCGAAUAAAACUUUGACUGAACUGAACAACUUCAUUCAACCCCAAGAAGCCCAACAAACGACUGUCGAAAACGUUAAAGCGGUUAUAGAAGAAUUACGACUUGCUGUUGUAGUGAUUCCUAAGGAAUCGAAAAUAAAGGAGACGAUGGAGUCUUUGGAAGAUACAGCGAAGAAUGUUGUAAAUCUGAUGGAACAUAUUCCUGAGAAAAUUGAAAUUAAAGCAAAAACGAUCAAACUGGUUAAGGAUGUUGAAGAAAAAUUGAAAUGUGCUGAUAAAUCUCAGUUAACUGCAGAAAAACAAGAAUUCUUGAGUAAAAUGAUUGUAGCUACUAAUAAAUUAGUGGAACCAUUGCAGAUAGUAAAAGUCGAAAAUGAAGCAGAAGAAGCAGCAGUUACUCUGCUUCAUAUUUUAUUGCAAAAUCUUGACGACAGUGUAAGUGCUAGCAGACUAGUUAAAGAAAAUCUUAACGUCCCUCUAGAAGAAAUUAAAAGUAAUUUAGAGAAGUGUCCUAAGGAUUCGCCGCUUAAAAAUUUUCCCGAACUUUUACAAACAUUAGUUAACCACACAGAAAACUUUUUGGAAGAAAAAGUUGAAGAACCGUUGGCAUGCAUUCCUUUGACAACAUUACAAGACAAUUUACAAUCAUUACAAGAAACUUUGGCCACCGUUGAAGCACACCCUGAAGACAAAGCUUCAAAGAUACUGAUAACAGAGCUACAAAGACCUCUUACACAGCUCCAGUUCGUCUCUGGUAGCAUUUUAGAAGAAAAGAAAGCCAAGUUAACACAAGACGAUUUGAAUCACAUUGUUACGACUUCUGAAACAGUUCAAGAAAUGGGUAAAAUUAUCGAAACUGCGAAUGACUACGACAGUGAAAAAGCUACAGUGCUGGAACAUCAAGCAGAAACACUUAAAGUUUUACUAGCCAGUAUCAAUCUGGAGUCACAAAUUAAAGAUUUGAUCGAACCUCUUCAGGACAUACAAAAUUGUGUGAAAAAAGCUACAGAGAAAGCACUCAUUAAGCAACAGGAAGAAACCACACAGAAAGAACAAGCUGUCACCAAACUUAUCAAAUCGCUUAAGAAGGUGGAAGCGAAUGUUGCUACAUUGGUAACAAAGCAGCCAAGUACUAAUACCGUUGUACUAAAAGAGCUUGAAAAACCACUUAAAGCUAUUAUUCAAAACGUAGACACAGCAGCUACCAAGAAAAUGACAAACAACGAACUUGCCAAGUUAAGCGCUCUCACUUCAUCUUUAGAAAUUGUGGCUGAUGUUGAAAGUGAUAUAGCUGAACCGUUGGCAGUUCUGCAUGAACACAUAUCUGUGAUUGUAACACCUCAGCAAGAAGUGGACGACUUAAACGUUUCAAAAAGUGAACAAACAUUCCUACAAUCCAUCAACGAACCUUUAGAAAAACUGAAAAAAGCUGUUGGAGUUGCUCAAACUGUCUUGGAAAAACCAAAAACGGUGAAAGAUGUCACACCUUUACACAAACUAAAUCUUUCAAUCGUGGAUCUACUAGAAUUUGCGACAGUGGUCAAAAACUUGCCUACAGGAAAUGUGAAGCUUUUGGGUAAUCUCGUUACACCGGUUUAUGACUUUCAGCAACAGUUAUUCAAGUCAGUAGCGGCAAAGAUUUUAGAAGAGGAACUGCCUAUUUUGAAUAUGAUUGAAUCUUCGCUUGACCGGAUUUCGACGACGGCGCAGAAAUUUGACAAUUUAGAAGAAACAGAUAUUAAAAACUUUUUUGGAGAUUUGGACUCUUUACAAAGCACUUUAAUUUCUGUCUGUAACAAAGCUGUUUUAAUUGAAGUUCCUUCCGGACAAGAGUCUGUCUUGCAAAAGUUGUUGCCUCCGAUUGAAAAUUUUGCCAAAGCCAUAAUAAACAUUCAAGCGGAAUUAUCAAAUAGAAGCACUUUUACCAAUACGUUACAGAAAAUACUGACAAAUGAAGAAAACUUAAAAGCUAACUUUGUCAGUUCGGGUUUACAAAAUUUACUGCAACCGGUUCGAUCAAUUCUGGAUAACUUAAAAAGUGCUGAAUACGAAUCUGUCGAGGUUCUUGCUGAUGAAGUGAAGUCAAACUUGAAUGAUGCGAUAACCAUUAUCAGCACAACUUCUCCAACUGCUGAUAUUUCUAGCUCUUUGGCAAAGCUCAGUGAUGUUUGUAAAAAUAUUCUAAAGACGGACAAAAGGAAAUUGCGCAUUAAAAAUUUUACACAAUUACUUAACUGUCUAAACGGAUUUAUUACUGCAACUGAAAGUGUGCCACUGGAAGUUAAAAGUCUACCUGAUUUAAAACAACCAUUACUACAAAUACAACAAGAUGUUAAAUUACUUGCUUCCAAUAUUGAAACAUGUGCACAACCUAAAAAAGCAGUAGUUUCUUUAUCAGAAAUUAGUCAAUCUUUAGAAGAAUUAAAGGAAGGUAUUCAAAAGUCAGAAGAAAUGGUUGUAGAGUCUGCUGAAGAGUUAGCUGUUAGACAAGAAACGUUAGAACGCAUGCAAGAACCUCUGCAAAAAUUAGCAGUUUUAAUGACUUCUGUUCAAGAAAAUUUACAAACUCCGCAAGUUACAGAGGUGGAAAAGCAACAAUUAAAACAAGCCCUUGUUAGUUUUAAAGAAAAUGUAGAACUAGUACAGUCUACAGAAGGAGCGCGAUCAGUUACCAUUAUAAAUCAGCCUUUACAAGCUCUAACUGCUAAAAUAGAAGAAGCGUGGGAAUCUUUGGCAGAACAAAAAACCGAUGUAGUGGAAGAAGUGCCGCAACUAUUAGAAAAACCAGAAGAGGAGGAAGAAGAAAAAUCAAGCACCAGUGAACCAAUAAUCAAUGAAAAUAAGACUGAGAAUUUAGCUGUCAUAGAAAACUUUGAAAAAACUCUCUCUGAAUCAAGACAGACAUUGCAAGCUUUCGUAACUGCAGUGAAAACCAAUAAGGAACAUCCUGAUUUAAUUUCGUGCGAAGAGCUUGAUGAUGGGUUCCUCUUUCUGCUAGAGAGUCUGCAUACUCUAGCAGACUUCAUAAAUAAAGACAAAGUAAAAGAUUUGACUAUGGAAAAUUUAGAAACUUUAAACAAUACCAUGCAAGAAUUUAAAAAUUUGGUUAAAAAAUUGUCUGCUGUUGAAAAAGUUUUGUGUAAACCGGAAUUAGGAAAGUGUAAAAACGAAAUUAGAAAAUCGCUUUCAAAACUGAAAAAUAAAGCAGACGCUUUGAUUAAAUUAUCAACUGAAGCCGGUGCUUUUCAACUGGUGGUAGAACCAUUGAAGCUGAUCGUACUGAAGAUUGACUACAUUCAAAAUGAGUUUGCUAAAUUGGAAGCAAGUCACCUUCCUAUUACGGCUGCUUUGAAUCAGCCAAUAGAAAACUUAUGCCAUGAAAUAAAGGCACUAAAAUCAGAAUAUCAAGCGUCAGGGGUGACUUCCAGACAAGCCACACAGAGCUUGAUUGAAGUAGAAGACAGUUUGGUACAUUUUAUGAAGUCUUUAAAUGCAGCCGAAAAAGGUGAAAACAUUCCGACUAACAUUACAGAAAAAGCAACAUUAAUUAAAGAACCUGUUCAGAAAUUAUCUUCUGCAGUUAGUAAAAGGAAAGAUUGUGUUAAAAGACCUGAAUCAAAAGAAGAGAGAAACUGGUUGCAUCAAGUGACAACUUCUUUGCGAGAUCAUAUUAAUGGGUUGUUAAAUAUGUUGCUUUCGCACAAAGAAAUGAGCAACAUAGUCGCUCCUACGCAAGAGCUCCAUAGCAAACUCAAAGAAAUCUGCGAUAAAUUUGCGAACGAAGAAAACACAAUUUUGCAAGAAAAUAAAGAAAUGAUUAGAGUUCUAAGAGAGCCGUUAGUUAUUUUGUCCAAAGCAGUCGGUUUAUUGCAAACAACGAUACAAAAUCUGCAAGUUUCUUCACAGAAAGGUGUCCUAGGCAUUGUUGCUUUAAAAGAAGAGAUUGCUUCAUUAACAAAUUCUUUGGAAGAAGCUGAUAAGCAUUCGGGUGAAUUGUGCGAACAAAUUCCAGAAGAAGCGAAAACUGUAGCUAAAGCUUUUAUAGAACCUGUUGAAAAACUAUCAUCAGUCAUCAAUGAAAUUAAAGAUAUUGCAAAUAAAGAAGACAUCGACAAACUUAAGAAAGCAGAAGUAUGUGAAAACUUAAACAUCGUAAAGUCUAAACUUGACCAAGUAGCCAAAACAAUUCCUGCUGUGAAAGUUUUGGAAACUACGCUGGCAGCAGUUCAAAAUCUUUCUUCGUCAAUAGGGAAUAUAGAGCAGCAAAUAAGAAGUGAACAAAUCGAACAAAAAGAAAAUGUUGCUCUAACACAAACAACAAAUUUACUGGAUGAUGUAAAAACUUUAAAAAUGGAACUGGCAGAAGCAAAAGUUGUGUCACAAUCAGGGCUUUACUCUGUCGUCGAUAUUGAAGAGAAUAUUCUUGAAUUACAAAACGCUUUGUUGAAGACUGAACAACCUACAACUCAGUCUGAACAAAUAAAAGAACCUUUAGAGAAGUUGUCUAAAGCUGUAGUGCUGUUAAAAACCACACUCAACAUGCCAGAAAUGCAAGAGGCUUCUAAAUCCGAAAUAUGUGAAACUUUGGAAGUGGUUAAAUCUGAAUUACAUAAAGCAGCGGAAACCCAAAUGCCUGAGGUAACUUUGCUGGCUGUGCAAAAACUUUCUGCAAAAGUUCUAGAUGUGCAGAGUACGAUUGAACAUGAACAGAAGCUCCAACAUAAGAAAGCUGAAUUAGUCAAGGUGAUUAGCGAACCACUCAGUCAACUGAUCAAAGAAGUUAAAAGUCUUAAAGCAAACGUUGAAAACGUAACAACUACUUCUCAGCAAGCUGUCCUAAGUAUUGUCAAAAUUGAAGAGGAUUUAUUAAACUGGAAUAACUUUUUAGUUAUUUCGCAGCAAAUUCCUCUGGAAGAAGUGGAAAAAAUUCAACCACAAGAAAUAGAACAAUAUGGAAAGUUAGUGCAACCUUUAGAAAGAUUAACAGCAAUUAUCACUGAAAUCAAAAAUGCUGUCAACCAGCCUGAAAUAUUGGAAGCAAAGAAACUAGAAGUAAAAGAAGCAGUAGCAGCUUUAAAAUGUGACUUGGAGAAAGUGUCUCAAGUCGCAGAAACACAAUAUUUCAAAAUAUCAGUCCCUGCAGUUACAGAGCUUUCAUGUAAACUUGAGGAAAUUAACAACGUAAUUGCUGAAUCUGAAGAAGGAGCUGAAAAAGAAGAAGAAAAAGCGGCGGGUGUGCUGCAACCUAUAGUAACAUUAAAAGAUGAGAUAAAAGCUUUAGAUUUAGAUCUUAAAGAUGCGCAAGCAAGUUCUCAACGGGGUCUUUUAGGAGUACUAGAAAUUCAACAAAAUCUUGCCAGUUUAGAAAGUGCUUUAAUAAGUUUUGAACAAGGUCCUGAAGGUACAACUAAAGCGAUUGAGCAAGUCCAUUCUUUAAGACAACCAGUAGAAGAACUUUGUGCUGCUGUAAUCGAAGUUAGAACUUCACUUAUGAAACCAGAAGUAGCAGCCCAAAAACGACCAAAAUUGCGCAAAGCUGUGGAAGGUCUAAAAUGCGAACUAGAUAGAGUUGCUCAUGCUGUACCUGCCACUAAAACGUUAGAAACAGUGACAGUUAAUAUUAAACAACUUUCAGCCCAGUUAACAGAAGUUGAAAAAGCACUAGAUGCAGAGGAUAUUCAAAUCCAGGAAGAAAUGAAGUUGAAGCAAGAUAUGCUUCAACCUAUUACGGUACUAACUGAAGAAAUUAAAGUUCUCAAAUUAGAAACUAAAGAUGUAGUUGGUGCUCAACAAGGUGUUUUAAAAGUUAUAGAAUUGGAAGAAGACUUAAUUAACCUGCAAAAAACCUUGAUAGAGUCAGAGCACUUACCUUUGGAGCAAGUAGAUUACGUUCAAACCACUGAAACUGUUCAAACAAUUCAAACACUUAAAGAACCUUUAGAAAAGCUAGCCGCUACUAUAGUGGAAAUUAAUACCGCUGUUAUUAAACCUGAAAUUCAGGAACAGAAAUCUAAGGUUAAACAAGCAGUGAAAGCACUAAAAUGCGAAGUCGAUAAGAUAACUCAAGCUACUCCUGAAGCUAAGAUUCCAGAAAUUUCAGCAGUUGUGCUUAAACAACUUUCCUCAAAGCUGACGGAUCUUGAAGCAUCUUUGGAGCUGGAGGAGAAGCCAACAGAGGAACCUAAAGUUGUCUCCGUUAUUUUACAACCAAUAUUUAAUUUAGCUUCAGAAAUACGGGCAUUACACUUAGAUACUAAAGAUAUAAAACCGGAAGCCCAACAAGGAAUCCUUAGUGUUGUCGAAAUUGAAGAAAAUUUACUCGAUUUACAGAAUGCGCUAUCAUUGAUCGAAACAUCUGCAGAAGUGGCUAAUUUAGAAGGAGUCGAGCACCUUCGAGCUUUAAUAGAACCACUGGAAAUACUUUCGACUGUUGUAGUUGAAGUACGAAGUGCUGUUAAGAAGCCAGAGGUGACGGAACAAGAAAAACCUAAAAUUCGUAAAGCAUUGUCUGCUUUAAAAUGCGAAUUAGAUAAAGCCUGUGUCAACAUCCCAGAAACUCAAGCGUUAAAAACGACACUACUAGUUUGUCAGCAACUCUCAGCUAAAAUAGCAACCGUUGAAGAACAUUUAGAUGAAAUAAAACCCCCACAGAGCGUACAAAUGCAGCAAGCUAUGGUUCAACCUAUUACCAAUUUAGUACAAGAAAUUAAAACACUGCGAGCAGAAAGUGAAAAUGUGGCUGCGAAACCGCAACAAUCCAUUUUAAGUUUAACAGAAGUAGAAGAGAAUCUUUUAACAUUACAAGAAGCCUUGCUAAUUUCCACUGAAGAUCAGCAAACGUUACAAACUAUAACAUCAUUAAAAGAGCCACUGGAACAAUUUUCGGCUGUUGUUGUAGAAACGACAACCGCUCUGAAGAAAGCAGAAGUUCAGGAACAAAAGCCGAAACUCGAAAAAGCUGUAGCAGUUCUGAAAUGUGAAUUAGAUAAAGUUUCCCAAGCAAUUCCACAAGCUCAAGGUUUGCAGACGGCUUCAGUCGCCAUUCAGAAAUUGUCAGCUAAACUUUCUGAAAUUGAAAAUGUGAUAGCUUCUGAAGAAAAAGACAGACCUGAAGAACUGGUCGAAAUUAAUCUUCAGUCAGUUACAGAGUUGUUAGGCGAAAUAAGAGCUCUGAAGUGUGAUGCAGAAGACGCAGUUUUAGUUGAAAAGAGUAUAUUGGUUCCUCUACAAAUAGAACAAAAUUUGAUAGAUCUACAAAAAGCUGUUAAUUUAUGUGGACAAUCUGUAAGUAAACCGGAGUUAGAAACAUUGCAACAAGUAACAAUUUUGGAAGAUGCGCUUAAGAAAUUGGCAUCUGUUGUUGUCGAAAUAAGAAGUAAACUAAAACAACCAGAAACAUUAAGAAAUGUAAAACCAAAGCUGGCAGCUACUCUUCAGACACUCAAAAAUGCAUUAGAAGAUUAUUUGCACAAGAUUCCAAAAACAGACUCUUUCAAAACUCUUUUGACAGUUAUAGAAGAAUUUUUGUUGAAACUAUCAGAAGCGGAAAAAUCAUUAGAAGUUGAAGAAAAACCAUCACCAAAAAGUACCUCGAAAGAAGAUCUUUUACAACCAUUGGUCAAUAUUGUUGAAGAUAUCAAAGCUUUGCGCACAGAAAGCCAGGAAUUAAAGUUGACUCCACAGAAAGGCAUUUUAAGUAUUAUAGAGAUUGAAGAAACUUUAGUUAAUUUAAAAGAAGCCUUAAGUGUUACGGAGUCAGUGUCAACUGAAAGUAUCGAAGAUAUUUCUUCACCAGCUUUACAACAAACUGAAAUAUUGAAAGAACCUUUGAAAGAACUUGCAGCAAUUAUCGUGGAGGUUAAAACAGCAGUACAUGAACCAGAACUUCAAGAACAACAAAAGCAACAAAUUGCCAAGGCUGUUACAGCAGUGAAAUGUGAAUUAGAAAAAAUAUCAAAAGCAUCGGAAGCACAACAGUUGCAGACCUCUUCAGUUGCUUUGAAGCAACUUUGUGCCAAAUUAUCUGAAGUGGAAACCUCCAUUAGUUCUGAAGAGCCACCUUCUGAAGAAUUAACACAGACAGCUCUUCAACCAGUUCAAGUUUUAAGUGGAGAAAUACAAGCGUUGAAAGCAGACCUCCAAGACCUAGGAGUAAGCCCGCAACAAGGAGUUUUAACAAUAGUUGACAUUCAAAAUGAUUUAAAUACUCUUCUAAAUGCUUUAAUUGUUUAUGAACAACAUCUUUGUGAAGAGACAAGCGACAUAGCCUUGUCUGGAACGCAACAAACUCAGUCAUUAAAAGAAUCUCUAGAAAAGUUUUCAGCUAUUGUUGUGGAAGUGCGAAGUUCACUCAAAAAACCCAAAAUUCAAGAAAAAUUAAAGCCAAAAGUAAAAAAAGCAUUAAAUUUAUUGAAAUCUGAACUUAGUAUGGUGUUCCAAAACCUUCCUGAAACAAAGUAUGCCCAACAUUUGUCCGUAGCAAUUAAACAACUCUGUGGCACGCUAACACAAAUUGACGAUAAAAAUGAAGUUCAAAAAAUUGUUAAAACAGAAUCAGAAAUACUGAAGAUCAUGUUGCAACCAAUAAUGGAUUUGUCAGAAGAAAUAACAAUAUUACAAGCAGAUAUUAAAGAUAUUAGUGUCAUUCCUCAACAAGGCGUGCUUGGUGUACUAGAUUUAAAAGAAGAAAUUUUAAAUCUUCAAGAAGCAAUAAUAGCUUCGGAACAGUUUUCAUCUGAACAAGUUAGUACUAUAACUGCAGAAGCUCUCCACUGCAUAGAAUCUUUAAAAGCGCCACUGCAGAAGCUUUCGUCAAUUGUUAUUGAAGUUAGGAAUGUAAUUAAUAUACCAGAAGUCCGCGAAACUAAAAAACCCAAACUCAGAAGAGCCCUGAUAGUUUUAAAAUGUGAACUAGACAAAAUAACUCAAAUAAUUCCAGAAGUGAAAAUGUUACAAGUUGCUUCAGUAGAAAUUGAAAAACUUUCUGCUAAAUUGUCUAUUGUUGAAGAAAUGUUGCCAGUUGAAGAACUUGUUGAAAAGACAGCAGAAGAAGUACCUGUUAAAAAGUCAGCAGAGGAAGAACCUGUUAAAAAGUCACCAGAGGAAAAACCCGUUGAAAAGACAACAAAGGAAGAACCUGUUGAAAAGGUGGCAGAGGAUAAACCCGUUGAAAAGAAAAAAGAGGAACAACCUGUUGACAAGACAAAAGAGAGAGAACCUCUUGAAAAGACAACAAAGGAAGAACCUGUUGAAAUGGUAACAGAGGAUAAACCUGUUGAAAAGAAAAAAGAGGAACAGCCUGUUGAAAAGACAACAAAGGAAGAACUUGUUGAAAAGACAACAGAGGAAGAACCUGUUAAAAAGUCAGCAGAGGAAGAACCUGUUAAAAAGUCACCAGAGGAAAAACCCGUUGAAAAGACAACAAAGGAAGAACCUGUUGAAAAGGUAACAGAGGAUAAACCUGUUGAAAAGAAAAAAGAGGAACAACCUGUUGAAAAGACAACAAAGGAAGAACUUGUUGAAAAGACAACAGAGGAAGAACCUGUUAAAAAGUCAGAAGAGAAAGAACCUGUUAAAAAGUCACCAGAGGAAAAACCCGUUGAAAAGACAACAAAGGAAGAACCUGUUGAAAAGGUAACAGAGGAUAAACCUGUUGAAAAGAAAAAAGAGGAACAACCUGUUGAAAAGACAACAAAGGAAGAACUUGUUGAAAAGACAACAGAGGAAGAACCCGUUGAAAAGACAACAAAGAAAGAACCUGUUGAAAAGGUGGCAGAGGAUAAACCCGUUGAAAAGAAAAAAGAGGAACAACCUGUUGACAAGACAAAAGAGAGAGAACCUCUUGAAAAGACAACAAAGGAAGAACUUGUUGAAAAGACAGCAGAGGAAAAACCUGUUGAAAAGACAAAAGAGGAAGAAACUAUUGAUAAACAAAAAGGGAAAGAACCCGUUGAAAAGACAACACCCGAAACGCAUAUUGACAAGAAAUCUGAUCUAAAAUCAGUUUUGCAACCUGUGGUCAUUUUAUGCGAAGAAAUUAAAGCUCUGCAGACAGAAUGUCAAGCAAUCAAUCUUCCUCAACAAGCUGUUUUAAGUGUUAUAAAUAUAGAGUCGGAGCUAGUUUCUCUCCAAGAAGCUUUGAUUACGUGUGAACAAAUUUCCCCUGAAGAACUGGAAACUAUAGCUACCGAAGAUUUGGAAAAAAUAAAGACUUUGCAAGAACCUUUAGAAAAACUAGUCGCCAUCGUUGUACAAGUAAAAAGCACCUUAACAAAACCAGAGAUUCUUGAUCAGAAAAAACCUGAAAUUUGUGAGGCGCUGACCGCUCUAAAAUGUGAACUAAACAUAGUUGCAGAAAAUAUUCCAAAAGCAAAACAAUUGGAAACGUCAAUGACAGCUGUGCAACAGCUUUCUGCUAAAAUUUCUGAAGUAGAAACUAUUAUAACAUCGGAAGAAAAGCCUACGAAAACUGAAUCAGAAGUAAUCAAGUUUGUGUUGCAACCUAUCAUGGACUUAUCAGAAGAAAUGGUAGCACUACAAUCAGACAUUAGUGACGUCAAAAUAGAUUCCUCUCAAGGAGUAUUGACUAUUGUUAAAUUACAAAACGAACUGACAGCAUUACAAGAGGCGCUUAUAACUUCUGAAGAGUUUUGUUCUGAAAAGAUAUCUAAUGUCAAUUUGCAAAUAUUGCAGAAAAUCCAGGCUAUAAAACAACCGUUGAAAGAAUUAUCUGACGUGACAAUUGAUGUCAGAUGUGUUCUCAAAAAACCAGAACUGUUGGAGCAGAAAAAAGCAAAGGUGAAGAACGCGUUGAUUGCGGUCAAACUAAACAUUGAAGAGGUCUUGCUAUUGCUUCCUGAAGCACAAAUUUUGGCAUCAGCAUCUUUAACUUUGAAAGCACUUUCAGGAAAAAUAUCUGAAGUUGAAAAAUUACUAGAUGCAGAAGAAAGUCCAGUUAAAGAGAAAGUGAAGAUCCAAGGAACGUUACAGCCUCUCGUUACUCUUGUUGAAGAAAUACAAACUUUAAAAGCUGAAACUCAGAAUGUACAGAUGAAACCCGAACAGGGUGUUUUAGCUCUAAUGGAACUUGCACCAAUUUUAUCUGAGCUUCAAGACGCUCUAACUGCUUAUGAGCAAGUCGAACCUAUCGAGUCUACAGUUCCAUUAGUAUGCGAACAAAUCAAAACUUUACAAGAACCCAUGCAACAGUUAUCAUCUGUUGUUGUAGAAUUAAAAGACUCUGUAAGUAAGGCUGAAAUCCAGGUAGAGCAGAAACCCAAAAUUUCUACUGCUGUAGCAGCUCUAAAAUGUGAGUUAGAUAAGGUUUCUCAGAACAUUCCACAAUCGCAACAGCUGCAGACAUCACAAAUAUCUCUUAAACAGCUUUCUGCUAAAUUGUCCGAAAUUGAAAGUGCGCUAACUGCGCCUGAACAAAAAUCAAAAACAGAAUCAGAAGUAAUUAAACUCAUGCUUCAACCAAUAAUGGAUUUGUCUGAAGAAAUAAAAGCCUUACAUGCAGACGUAAACGACUUAAAAUUGUCGACGCAACAAGGAGUACUAAGUUUGGUGCAAGUAGAACAAGAGAUGUCAAAUUUGCAAGAAUCUUUGAUAACUUCAGAAGAAUUUUCUUCUGAAAAAGUGGCCACGUUGAAACCUGAAGUUCUACAACAAAUUGAAUGUUUGAAAGAACCUUUAGAAAAGUUCUCUGCCAUUAUUGUUGAAAUUCGAUGCGGAGUUAAAAGACCGGAAGUACGUCAAGAGAAGAAACCAAAAGUCAAAAGUGCUGUGAUAGCUUUGAAAUGCGAUUUAGAUAAAAUAAUUCAAAAUGUUCCUGAAAUUAAAGUACUAGAAUCAUCAGCAAUAACAUUAAAGCAGUUAUCUGCUAAGUUGGAGAAAAUUGAAAGCACAAUAGAUGAGGAAGAAGAAGAUCAGAAAGCAAAGUUACAAUUUAAAAAAGAAUUGAUGCAACCUUUCGAGAACACCAUCAAAGGGCUUCAAACUUUACGAACGGAAAGUGCAGACAUUAAAAUAGCUCCUCAGCAAGGAGUACUAGGAAUUAUUGAGCUAGAGCAUGAAUUGUCAGCUUUAAAUGAAGCAAUGAAAAUUUCGACAGAAGUUCCAUUUGAACAACUUGAACAAGUAGUACCGGUUGUUGAAGAACAUAUUAAAGCGCUUAAGGAACCUCUUCAAACUUUGUCUACUCUUGUUGUAGAAAUAAAUAAUACAAUCCAUCAACCAGAGGUUCAGUUACAAGAAAAGCCUAAAGUUAGUAAAGCUUUACUGGCUCUAAAAUCUGAACUAGAUAAAAUUUCUCAAGUUACACCAGAAGCCAAACAUUUAGAAACGUCAAUCUUAGCUAUGAAAAAACUUUCUGCAAAAAUUUCAGAGGUUGACACUGUGAUUAAUUUACCGGAGCUUCCUACGAAAACGGAAUCGGAAGUACUAAAAAUGGUACUUCAGCCAAUUAUGGAUUUAUGUGAAGAAGUGAAAGCGUUGCAAACUGAUAGUAAAGACUUGAAACUGAGUCCUCAACAGGGAGUUCUUAGUGUGGUUCAGCUAGAACCUGAAAUAUCUGUACUUCAAGAGUCAUUGAUGUCUUCGGAACAGCUUUAUUCCGAACGUAUCGCUGCAAUAAAACCUGAAACUUUAAAUCAAAUACAAGCUUUAAAAGAACCAUUGGACCAACUAUCAGCUGUUGUUAUUGAAGUGAGAAGCACGAUAAGAAAGCCAGAGAUUCUUGAACAAAGUAAACCAAAGGUCAAACAAGCUCUAUUAGCUUUAAAGUGUGAACUAGAUAAAGUAAAUCAAGUACUUCCUGAGGCACAAUUAUUACAGAAAUCAUCACAAGCAGUUUUACAGUUGUCAGCAAAAUUAUCAUCCGUUGAAAAACUAACCGAGCAAAAAGAAAUAAUUGAAAAGAGUUCAGAACUUAAAGAAGCCAUUCUAGUUCCUAUUGUCUCUUUAUCUGAAGAACUUAAGUCUUUACAAUCAGAAAUUCAAAACGUGAAACUUGUUCCUCAGCAUGGUGUUAUAAGUGUUGCCGAAAUUGCUAAUGAUCUAAUUGCCAUGCAGGAAGAGUUUCUUCGUUAUGAGCAAACAGAGUCAAUACCGGAUGAGGUUUUGGGAUCAAUUAGAACUUUGAAGGAACCGGUCGAACGACUGUCUGCUGUUCUUGUAGAAAUAAAAAGUAAGGUGCAUAAACCAGAAGUGCGAGAAGAACAAAAACCCAAAAUUUCGAGAGCUGUGGCUACUUUAAAAUGCGAACUAGAUAAAGUAUCUCAAAACAUUCCUAAAUCAAAACCUGUAGAGUCUUCGGUUGUGGCCAUACAAAAACUCUCCGCCACUUUAGCUGAAGUUCAAGAAAUGAUAAACUUGCCAGAAAAACCAAAGAAAACAGAAUCAGAAGUAAUUAAAACAAUGUUGCAACCUCUUAUGGAUCUUUCUGAAGAAAUAUAUGCUUUACAACUGGACGCUAAAGAUCUAAAUUUGGCUCCACAACAAGGCGUACUUGGUGUAUUAAACUUAGAACCAGAAAUCGCUAGUCUGCAAGAAGCUUUAAUAACAUCUCAACAAUUUUCAUCAGAAGAAGUGGCGAACAUAACCUUCCAGACACUAAAUGAAAUAGAAGCUUUGAAAGAACCGUUGAGAGAAGUUUCAACAGCUGUCAUCGAAAUUAGAAGUACAUUGACCAAACCGGAAGUAAACGAACAACAAAAACCAAAAAUUAGGAAAGCUCUUCAAGCAUUGAAAGGUCAGUUAGACCAUAUAAAACAAAUUAUACCGGAAGCAAAAAUGUUUGAAACGACGACGUUACCGAUUGACAAGCUAUCGGCUAAAAUUUCUGAAGUUGAAAGUUUAGUGGAGGCCAAAAGUCAACAGCAGGCUUCACAGUUGAAGAAAACUUUACUUGAGCCAAUUUCCGCUUUAUCGGAAGAACUGAAAACUUUGCAAAUUCAACAACGCGGCAUCGAACCUCAGAAAGCUACCCUUGGUAUAAUCGAGUUAGAACACGAGGUUACAACAUUGCAAGAAGCUCUACAAAUAACGGAGAAAUAUGAAGACAUUGAAACUAUUCCACCCGAAACAUUCCAAAAGAUUAAGGCACUGAAAGAACCAAUACAAGAGCUAGUUGCGGUUGUUACUGAAUUAAAAUCUGCUCCAACUCAGUUGAAAAUUGAAGACGAUAAACCAAAAACACACACUGCCCUGACUGCACUAAAAUGUCAGAUAGAUGAAAUCAAUCAAACUCUUGCAGAAGUAAAAUCUUUAGAAGUUUUGAGCAUACCUUUAGAUAAGCUUUCGGCAAAAAUAUCACAAGUUGACCAACAACUCACAGAAAAGCAUGAACCACAAAAAGAACAAAAACAAGUCGUAAAUACAGAGUCUCCUCUACAAGCUCUUCAAGAGCCAGUACUUGCUCUAUCUCAAGAAAUUCAAGCUUUGAAUUCUAGCCUAACUGAUUUAAAUAUUGCACCAGAACGUGGUGUCUUAAAUAUUCUUGAAUUGUCAUCUGCCGUAUCGUCGUUAGAAACAUCUUUAACUGAAGCACAACAAAUUCCAACAACAAAAGAGGGUGAAACGGGAAUUGUAAAAGAAAAAUUAAGUGCUGUAAAAGAACCGUUGGAGAAGUUGUCUUCGGUGAUCGUAGAAAUCAGAAAUUCUGUUCAAAAACCAGAUAUCCAAGAACAACAAAAACCAAACUUGUGUCAAGCGCUCACAACACUGAAGUGUGAAUUAGAUGUAUUAACACAAUCAAUUCCAAAGACUGAAUCACUUCAAAUUGUGUCAACUUCCAUUCAACAACUGUCUGCAAAAUUAUCAGAAGUCGACAACAAACUACAAAACGAAGAAAAACUAAAGAAAACCGAACUGUUGAUCAAGCCGGUUUCGAAUCUUAUAGAAGACAUACAGUCACUUAAAGGUGAAACUAAAGAGUUGAAAACAGUUUCACAACAGGGUAUUUUGACAGUAGUUGACAUCGAAAGGGAUUUACUAUCUCUUAAAGAAGCUUUUACAGAUUUUGAAAAGUUCGUUCUUGAAGAUGUUGAAAACAUAAGUGGCGAAAUUUCCACACAAAUAGCAUCUCUACAAGAACCUGUUGCUGAUCUUUGUGCAGUUGUUGUUAAGGCCAAAUCUAUAGUUAACAAACCCAAAAUACAACUAAAGGAGAAACCAAAAAUGUGUAAAGCACUGUCUGCUCUUAAAUGCCAGUUAGAUAUAAUUUCACAAACUUUACCCCCAGCAAAGCAUUUAGAAGCAUUAUCAACAUCUGUUAAAAAAUUAUCAGCCACAUUAUCCGAAGUUGGUACCAAAAUUGAAGGAAAAAAGACAACCAAGCUCUCAGAUAUUAUUCUUCAACCUGUUGUUGCUCUUCGUGAAAAUAUUAAAACUCUAAAUGCCAAAUGUGAAGACGUUAAGUCUGAUGUGCAACAAGGUACUUUAAGUAUUAUACAAAUCGAAAAAGAUUUGUCUAUGUUACAACAAAGUUUAAUCGAAUCUGAAACUAUAUUUUUAGAAUCUGUCGCAGAUUUGACACCUGAAACACUAUCUCAAAUACACGCGUUGAAAGAACCGUUGCAAAAACUUUCUGAAGUUGUUGUUGAAAUGCAAAGUACUGUCCAGAAACCAGAAAUAACAACAGAACAAAAACCAAAGUUGCAGAAAGCUAUACAAGCGUUAAAAUGUCAACUCGACGAAGUAAGUCAAAAAGUUCCUGAAACUAAAACGAUAGAAAGCACUUUAAUUUCGGUCAAGAAUCUAUCUGCAACAUUAUCAAAAAUUGAUAAAGAAAUUUCUGUACCUGAAAAGUACUUAGGUAUAAGUGAUCUAAUUUUAGAACCUGUUUCCAAAGUAAUAUCUAAUGUUCAGUUUCUACAAAUUGAAUGUAAAAAUGUUCAAGCAUCCAAAAGUGUUGUAAGUGUUCUACAAGCAGAAGAAAAACUUUCAAAUCUAAAAGAAGCUCUUCUAGAAACGCAGAAAUUAAACACUGAAGAAGUUAAAGCCAUUAAGCCUGACGUUUUCAAAAAACUAGAUUCUCUAAAAGAACCGCUCCAACAGUUCUCUUCAGUUAUCACUGACUUGACAAAUUCUCCUCAAAAAGCAUCUAUUCAACUGAUACAAAUUCCGCCAAUGCGUAAGGCGAUAAAAGCUGCUAUUUGUAAUUUGGAAGAAGUUAGUCAAGAAAUUCAUAAAACUAGACCUCUAGAAAAAACAUCUGUGGCAUUGAAGAAUUUAUCUUCUACUUUGACACAAAUUGAAGCCGAAUUUGAAAAAGAAGAAAAAAGACAAACUGAUUCAAAAGUAACAGAAGGUAUUACUCAAUCAGUUUCUCAGCUGUGUCUAGAUUUGAAAACGCUUCAUGCUGAAAGUAAAGAUAUUCAACUUUCUGUUCAAAAAGGCGUCUUGACUGUGUUAGACAUCAAAGCAGAACUAGAAAAUCUACAGCAAGCUUUGGUUCAGACGGAAGUGAUUUCUUUAGAAGAACUGGAUAAUUUGAAACCUACAACUAUCGAAAAAAUAACAAGAGUGAAAGAACCAAUGGAGAAACUUUCUUUAGUAGUGUCGAAUAUAACACAUAUUAUCAGCAAAUCAAAUGUUCAGGAAAAAGAAAAGCCAGAAUUAAUUAAAGCAGUCACAUCUUUGAAUAAGCACAUUGUCGAUGUCGUUCAGGUGUUGCCUGAAGUCAAAGCUUUGCAGGUUAUCCAUGUUCCGUUACAAAAAUUGUCUGCUACUUUAUCAGACGUUGAAAACAAAUUAAAAGAGAAAAGAAAGAUGAACUUCCAACCAUUCAAACAAAUAAGUGCGCAACUUGAAGAUGAAAUUAUAUUAAUGGAAAAUCAAUCUGAUUUUGCCCCAGAUGUUAUAAAUGCUCUGAGUUAUUUUAUUCCAAUAAAAAAAUCACUAAAGGAAUUUAUAAAUGCAGUAGUUGCACACCAACAAACUCAGGAUAAAGAACAAGAAGAUGUUCACUCUGACAUUAUCGACAAAUUUGCAUCAUUACAAGAACCUUAUGAAGAUGUGGUUGUAGAAGUCAUAAGAAUCAAUUCUUCUUCUAAAAAGAUUAGUCACAACGAUAUUAAAACCUUCAUAAACAAAUUAAAAACAUUUAGUACCUGCCUGAAAGACGUAUCUGUCACUUAUGACGAGAAGAAAAUAAAGGAAGAUUCAUUUGCACCUGCACUAAAAUUAUUUACAGACAAAGUUAAUGAUGUUGUAAAUAAUGUUACAAGAGAAUAUCGUGUGGAUUACAAACUUUUGAAAAACAUGAAAGUUUCUUUGGAAAAAAUGGACGGUCAGUUUUCUUGUAAAACUAAGAUCACUGAAUUUGAAGAAAGUGGACAAGAUACUAAAGCUCUUAAAUUAGAAGAAUUUAAUGAACCAAUAUCGAAAUUAAAUAAAACUAGUGCAAAAAUUAUUUCAGAAAUAGCCGAAUUUGGACUAGUUGAUGAUUUAAAUAAAAAAGACGAACACGACUUUAAUGAAGUAAAUAGUGCUUUGAGUAGAUUGUCCAUGACUGUUUCCAGUUCAGUUAACAUUUUGGUUUUUAAAGCUAUCAUAAACGAUUUGAAACAAUAUUUAGAACAACUAAUUAUAACAGAAAGCAAUAACAAAUCCGUCAACUGUUUAAGAGAACAUUUCAAAUUUUUAUCUGAAGUAAUUUCGCAGAUUCAACAAAGAAUAAAUAAUAUUAAAUUUGAAUACGUGGUAGACGAUGAAAAUGAAGAAGAAAUUAAAGAAAAAUUGGAUGCUAAGACUAAAGAGGAGGCUGAAAAGAAAACUAAGGAUGAAGCUGAUGAACAAGCUAAAGAAGAAAUUAAAAAGGAAAUAAUAGAAGAAACAGAAAAGAAGACUGAAGCAAAAGUUGAAAAGAAAGUUGAAGAAAAAGAGGAGGUAAAAGCUGAAGACAAAGUUGAAGAGAAAUCUAAAGACAAAGAGAAGGAAAAGAUGGAAGAGACUGACAAAAAAUCUGAAAGAAUAGCUAAGAAGGAAGCCAAGAAGAAAGCUAAAGAAGAAACUGAAAAGAAAGCUAAAGAAGAAGCUGAACUUAAAACUAAAGAAGAAGCUGAACUUAAAACUAAAGAAGAAGUUGAAACUAAAGCUGUAGAGGAGAUUGAGAAGAACGCUAAAGAGGAAGCAGAAAGAAAAGUUAAAGAGGAAACCGAAAAGAAAACGUUAGAGGAAGCUGAGAUGAGAGCUAAAGAAGAAGCGGAAAGCAAAGCUAAAAUAGAAGCAGAAAAGAAAACAAAGGAAGAAAAUGAGAAGAAAGCUAAAGAAGAAGCUGAAAAGAAAGCCGCCGAGGAAUCAGAAAGAAAGACUAAAAAGAAAGCUGAAAAGAAAGCUAAAGACGAAGCUGAGAAGAAAGUUAAAGAAGAGGCUGAAAGGAAAACUAAAGAAGAAACUGAGAAAAAGGCUAAAGAGGAAGCUGAAAAGAAAUCUAAAGAAGAAGCCGAAAUGAAGGCUAAACAAGAAGCUGAGAAGAAAGCUAAAGAAGAAGCUGAAAUAAAGGCCAAAGAAAAAGCUGAAAUGAAGGCUAAAGAAGAAGCUGAAAAGAAAGCUAAAGAGGAAGCGGAAAAGAAAGCUAAAGAGGAGGUUGAAAAGAAAGCUAAAGAGGAGGUUGAAAAGAAAGCUAAAGAAGAAGCUGAAAGAAAGGUUAAAGAAGAAACUGAAAAGAAAGCUAAGGAAGAAACUGAGAAAAAAGCUAAAGAGGAAGCUGAAAGAAAGGUUAAAGAGAAAGCUGAAAAGAAAGCUAAGGAGGAAGCUGAGAAGAAAGCUAGAGAAGAAACUGAAAGAAAGGUUAAAGAAGAAUCCGAAAAGAAAGCAAAGGAAGAAGCUGAGAAACAAGCUAAUGAGGAGGCUGAGAAGAAAAUUAAGGAAGAAGCAGAAAAGAAAGCUAAAGAGGAAUCAGAAAGAAAAGCUAAAGAGGAAGCUGAAAAGAAAGCUAAGGAGGAAGUUGAGGAGAAAGCGAAGGAAGAAGCUGAAAAGAAAGCUAAAGAGGAAGCCAAAAAGGCUAAAGAAGAAGCUGAACAGAAAGCUAAAGAAGAAACUGAAAGGAAAGCUAAGGAAGAAGCUGAAAUGAAAGCUAAAGAGGAAACAGAAAUAAAGGCCAAAAAGAAAGCUGAAAAGAAGGCUAAGGAAGAAACAGAGAAGAAAGCAAAAGAGGAAGCUGAAAAGAAAGCUAAGGAGGAGGCUGAGAAAAAGGCGAAGGAAGAAGCUGAAAAGAAAGCUAAAGAGGAAGCCAAAAAGGCUAAAGAAGAAGCUGAAAAGAAAGCUAAAGAAGAAGCUGAAAAGAAAGCUAAAGAAGAAACUGAAAGGAAAGCUAAGGAAGAAGCUGAAAAGAAAGCUAAAGAGGAAACAGAAAUAAAGGCCAAAAAGAAAGCUGAAAAGAAGGCUAAGGAAGAAACAGAGAAGAAAGCAAAAGAGGAAGCUGAAAAGAAAGCUAAGGAGGAGGCUGAGAAAAAGGCGAAGGAAGAAGCUGAAAAGAAAGCUAAAGAGGAGGCCAAGAAGGCCCAAGAAGAAGCUGAAAAGAAAGCUAAAGAAGAAGCUGAACAGAAAGCUAAAGAAGAAACUGAAAGGAAAGCUAAGGAAGAAGCUGAAAUGAAAGCAAAAGAGGAAGCAGAAAUAAAGGCCAAAAAGGAAGCAGAAAAGAAGGCUAAGGAAGAAGCAGAGAAGAGAGCAAAAGAGGAAGCCGAAAAGAAAGCUAAGGACGAAGCUGAAAUAAAGGCCAAAAAGGAAGCUGAGAAGAAGGCUAAGGAAGAAGCAGAGAAGAAAACAAAAGAAGAAGCUGAAAAGAAAGCUAAAGAAGAAACUGAAAAGAGAGCUAAAGAAGAAGCCGAAAAGAAAACUAAAGAGGAAGCAGACCUAAAGGCCAAAAAGAAAGCUGAAAAGAAGGCUAAGGAAGAAUCAGAGAAGAAGGCAAAAGAGGAAGCUGAAAAGAAAGCUAAGGAGGAGGCUGAGAAGAAAGCGAAAGAAGAAGCUGAAAAGAAAGCUAAAGAGGAGGCGCAAAAGGCUAAGGAAGAAGCUGAAAAGAAAGCUAAAGAAGAAACUGAAAAGAAAGCUAAAGAGGAAGCCGAAAAGAAAGCUAAAGAGGAGGCGCUAAAGGUUAAGGAAGAAGCUGAAAAGAAAGCUAAAGAAGAAACUGAAAAGAAAGCUAAAGAGGAAGCCGAAAAGAAAGCUAAAGGGGAAGCAGACCUAAAGGCCAAAAAGAAAGCGGAAAAGAAGGCUAAGGAAGAAUCAGAGAAGAAAGCAAAAGAGGAAGCUGAAAAGAAAGCUAAGGAGGAGGCUGAGAAGAAGGCGAAGGAAGAAGCUGAAAAGAAAGCUAAAGUGGAGGCCAAGAAGGCCAAAGAAGAAGCUGAGAAGAAAGCUAAAGAAGAAGCUGAAAAGAAAGCUAAAGAGGAAGCCGAAAAGAAAGCUAAGGAGGAAGCAGAAAUAAAGGACAAAAAGAAAGCUGAAAAGAAGGCUAAGGAAGAAAGAGAGAAGAAAAUAAAAGAGGAAGCUGAAAAGAAAGCUAAGGAAGAGACUGAGAAGAAAGCCAAGGAACAAACUGAAAAGAAAGCUAAAGAGGACGCGGAAAAAGCUAAACAAGAAGCUGAAAAGAAAGCUAAAGAAGAAGCUGAAAAGAAAACUAAAGAGGAAGCUGAAAAGAAAGUUAAAGAAAAAACUGACAAGAAAGGCAAAGACGAAGCCGAAAAGAAAGCUAAGGAGGAAGCUGAAAUGAAAGCUAAAGUAGAAGCUGAAAAGAAGACUAAAGAAGAAAAAGAUAGAAAAGCUAAAGAAGAAGCUGAAAAGAAAUCAAAAGAGAAGGUGGAAAAGAAAGUUAAAGAGGAACCUAAGGAGGAUAUUAAAAAGGAAGAAAAAAUUAAAGCUGAAGCAAAGGUUGAAAAGAAGGCGAAAGAUGAAAUCACGAAAGUUGAUAAACAUAGAGAAAGAGAAAUGCAAGAUGAGACUGAAAAGAAAACCAAAGAGAAAAUUAAACAUGAAACGGAAUCAGAGUCAAUAUCAGAAUCUCAAGAUGGAUCUUAUAAUUAUCAAACCACUGUAACUGUGGAGAACGAUUACAAUGGUUCCGAUAUAUCUUCAGAUAUUAGACAAAGGAAACAAUUCGAAGGGAAAAUGUUUUAUGAUGAUGAUCUAGAGAUGUUUAAACCUCGAGGAUAUCAUGGUCCUAGAUUUGCUGACAGAAAACCUACCUUCAGUACAAGUUUAACUGAUCGAAAAGCGACAGUUUCUUCCAGAGUAAAACUAACCUGCAGUGUUAUUAAUCCAGAAAAUCUAAGUAUAGUGUGGCUGAAAAAUGGCAAAACGUUAUCACCAACAAAUAACUACGACAUUUCCAUCACAAACGGUCUAACAACAUUGGAAAUAUUAAACACAACAAUAGAAGAUUCUGGUGAAUACACUUGCAUUGCGAAGAAUGAACACGGUGUUAGCACGACAUCAGCGAAUUUGAAAAUUCUGAAUGCGUAUGAAUCGACUAUGACACCGCCGACGUUCACCAGACCUCUUCGAGAUUCCUACAAAAUCUCAGACGAUGAAUUGAAUCUUGAAUGUCGGAUUAGAUCUUCCAGUUCUCAUAAAAUCAAAUGGUACAAAGAUGGUUCAGAACUGCGUGACAGUGGACGUUACUUACAAAGUUACCUUGCUGAUGGCAUUUGCAAGCUAUCAAUUAAAAAUCCAGAAAGAAGUGACAGCGGAAAGUAUACUUGCAGAGCUGAGAGUGAAUUAUGGAGUGAUCAAAUCUCUCACGAUGUUAAAUUUACAACCAAAGAGGAUUACAUACGUGAAAAAAGCAAAAUUACUACCACACCAACUGUUACACGAGAUCGACAUAAACCGUAUUUCUCUGGGGUUCUGACUGAUCAUUUGGUACCAUCAGGAGGCAUAAUGGCUUUACAGGUUGAAAUCAAAGGUCCAGCAGACGUUACGUGGUUCAAAGAGAGUCAUAAGUUGCCAAAAGCUUCUACAAAGCACAGGACUUUCGAAGAGAAUGGUGUCCACACUCUUCUAAUUCCUAAUGUCACGGAGUAUGAAGCCGGAAAAUACACGUGUAGGGCAUCCAAUAUUUUCGGGCGCUCGGAAACCUGUUCGUAUGUGCAGAUAAUCCACCCUUCGUCCAUACGUGAUGGUAAACCGGCGAUGUUCCUUUCAAGACCUGAUACUGUGAUGACAGUUACCCCCGAAUCUGAUAUUGUGGUUUCGUUCAGAGUGACUGGAGACCCUAAGCCGUCCAUAAUUUGGAUGAAGGGCCUUCGCGAUAUAACGAACACCUUCAGAACGUGUAGAGAAAUAUCCGACGACUACAACAGACUGACCCUAAAAAGGGCCACCCAGGACGACGUGGGCACCUACUGCAUUUUGGCCAGGAACCGUUUUGGCACCGACAGAGCCUUCUUUACAGUCCGUCUGCGACAUAGGGCACGAUCUGUGACCCCUACAAAAGAUUCACCACAAACAAUCCUGACCGAUAUUCCAAGCUUCCAGGAAAGAAAAUACUUGACCGAUGUUCCUGGUCCAAUCCCUGGUGAACCCGUGGUAGUCGAUACAGGUCGCAACUGGAUAUCUCUUUCAUGGGGCAAACCAGAACAUCGUGGAGCAGCCCCCGUAAUAGCAUACAAAGUAGACGCUUGGUUACGAGGAGGAGAAGGUGCCAGAUGGGUAGAGCUUGGUGUUUCGCCGCUCAACAGUUUCGACGCCUUCAACCUGAAACCUGGUGGCGAAUACCAAUUCAGAAUCACACCCAGGAACAGAUAUGGAUGGGGAGAAAGUGUCCAAAGCGGUCCCAUCACUGUCGGAAGAUCAACAGAGUUACCAGAAUUUGUUAGAAUUUUACCAGGCCAGUUGAAGGUUUUGUUAGGAUCCGAUAUCUCUCUAGACUGCGAAGUAAGACAAGAUCCGACGUUGAUCAUUCGCUGGUUUAAAGACGCCAGCGAAAUCUUCCCCGAGGAUGAUGACAGGUACCACAUUAAUUAUAAGAGCGGAGUGUGUACUCUAUCGAUUUCGAAAAUUAAUGACAAUGAUGAAGGUCGAUUCAUAUGCGAAGCUACGAAUAAAGCUGGUAGGGUUUCAACAUUUGCAAGAGUUUUUAUUGUCAGCGAUGCGAAAAUUCUAGCUGCGGAUAAAAAUUUGAAACUGGGCAUACGAGAUUUUGAUAAAGUUACUGAGUUACCGCCACAGUUUACUAUGAGGCUCAGGGAUAGAAGAGUGCAAGUUUCGUACCCAGUCCGACUAACAUGUCAGAUCGCAGGCUGUCCAGAACCAUCUAUCAAGUGGUACAAAGAUGAUACUCAAAUAAAAGAAAAUUCUCGUUUUACUUUCUCGUCUGAAGAAAACUUCCAAACACUAGAAAUCAACAAAACGACUCUCGAAGAUUCGGGUGUUUACUGCAUGGUAGCUCACAACGAUCAUGGAUCCGUUUCUUGUCGCUGCAACCUGGUGGUUGACAAAGGCAUCCGCGCCUACAUUUCCCCGCAGUUCCAAAAUGAUCUGGAACCAUCAAUCGUUGAAAUAAAGGAAGGCAAAGAACUUCGUUUAGUCGGCAGAGUGCAGGCUUACCCAGCAGUUGGCGUGAGCUGGUACAGGAAUGGGGUUCGUUUAAGACCUUCAAGAAAGUCUAUAAUGACUUUAUCUUACGAUGGCAGAGUGGAGCUUACUGUUACAUCUGCGAACAAAAGAGAUGCGGGUGUUUAUACUUGCGUUGCAGCUAAUGAAGUUGGACGUGCCGAAAGUAGCGCCACUGUGGAAGUGGUAGAAAUUUCUUCGGCUGUAGAAGCUGAUGCUGCGGUUGCAAAAAUACCGAAGGUCGGGAAAGACAUUCCUUAUUCCAAAGAACCUAGAUUUUUGAAAAAACCUCUAUCCACUGAAGCAUUUGAAGGUGACAACAUUGUUAUUCUGUGCGAAGUCAUCGGAGAUCCUAAACCCGAAGUUGUGUGGCUCAGGGACUUCUUGAAGCCUGAUUAUUAUAGAGAUGCUUCUCAUUUUCUUCGCAUUGGUGACGGCCCGGAAUAUCGGCUGGAAAUUCCAAACGCCAAAUUAGAUUUCACCGGAACUUACACCGUAUACGCUAAAAAUUGUAAUGGAGAUGCUAAAGCUAUCAUUUCGUUGCAGAUAAAAGUUAGAGAUGACGCCAAAGUAGGCACCAUGGAUGUUGGUAAAAGAAUUGGAAAUCACCAAACUAUUCCAACUAUUAAACAAGAUCUUAAAGACUUGAGGUGCUGUGACGGCGACAGUGUCGCCUUAGAGUGUAAAGUUGAAGGCAAUCCUCCCUUUGACGUUCGAUGGGAAAAAGGAGGAAAGCUAAUCCGUUUAGGAGAAGAUUUCAAUGCUGAAUUUGAUGGUGAAACUGCUAUUUUAUCCAUUAGUAAGGUUUACCCUGAAGAUGAAGGCGAGUACACAUGUGUGGCUUACAACAACUUGGGAAAAGUGUUCACUUCUGCUUGUAUAAUAGUCGACAUACCGGAGGAAAAAGAAAACCUUCUUAAUCAACAACUCAAGCGUCCAUCAACUUUAACUGCGGGUUCUACCCCGAGGUCAACUCCUAAGACUACUCCGAUUAGAAGCGUGUCCCCGCGCCCUCUGACCCGGGUGUACCAAUCCCAGGCUGACAGAGUCCGCCGGAUUAGAGCUCAAGCACCUAAAUUCUACGCAAUCCCUCACAACCGUGUCGCUGAAGAAGGCGAAACCGUGAGGUUCCAGUGUGCUGUAGCCGGCCACCCAGACCCCUGGGUCACUUGGGAAAAGGACGGCUCAGUUUUAACCUCUUCCUCGAGGAUGACCCUCACGGAGAGCGACGAUUUAAGAAUCCUAGAAAUCCGCGAUGUAGUACCUAACGAUUCAGGUCUAUAUAAAAUCACUCUUGAAAACGACGUUGGGAGAGUGGAAGCGUCGGCCCGACUUGAAGUGAUUUCGCACCGACCAGCUUCCGCUAGAGGUCUUCGUGCUAGAAGCCUCUCCCCUAAACCAGCCCCCUCAUACGGCAAAAACCUCUUCAGUAGUUCCGUGAGGUACGGUAGUACCGCUCGCCUCUUCUACGACAUUCGUUCAGUUCCCACCCCUUUCCUCAAGUGGUACAAAGAUGGGGUGCCUCUCGAGGAUUCCCCGAAAUACGUUACCUCCCACGACGACGAAGUCGCCAGUUUGAUGAUCAAAGACGUAACGUUCACCGAUGAAGGUUCGUACUCGUGUGUGGCCUCAAAUGACAAUGGUUCGGUGAAAUCAAUAGUUGAGCUAAAAAUAAUCGAAGAGGAGCUGGCGCCAAGAGUGGCAAAGGCGAUGCCUGAAAUGUUGAAUGCCAUAGAAGGAAAUCCGGCGAAGUUGCAGCUGAAGGUUACCGGAAGACAGCCUUUUGAUGUUGUUUGGAUGAAGGACGGCUGUGUGCUACCCGAUUGCGACGAAUUCCGGCAAACUUGUGAAGACGGACUGGUUGUUUUGACAGUGAGUGAUGCGUUCGCACAGGAUUCGGGAUGGUACACAUGUGAGGUCUAUAAUUUGUUUGGAGAAGCGUCUGCCAAAUGCCAGCUUGUCGUUCAUGAAAAGUGUAUUCCGCGGCAAACGCUCGAGUUUGUGAAAUUCCCAUCGCCCGUUAUCGCCACUCCUGGAGGAACUGUUAGUUUUUGCGCGAGGCUGAGGAAUGCGGAUCAAGAAAGACCGAAAGUCUCGUGGGAAGUCGCUGGAGUUCCUGUGACGGUCGGCGGCAGAUUCCAGGUAGAGGAAGAUGGUGACGUCAGCAUUGUCCACAUUGUUGGUGUGACACAUCUUGACGCUGGAGAGGUGAAGUGCACCGCUACGAAGCAGUCGACGGCGGGUACCGCAGAAGUCAUCAGUUGCCGCACGCAACUAACAGUGGUACCGGACCUGGACUGUCUCGGUGCGUUCGAGGGUUAUAGUGGUAGUGCCGCCUCCAUGGAGGCUUCGGACUCGGUGCCUUCGGGAGUUCAUGGUGGUGGUGGUGUGAUGGUGGUGUCUGAAAUUAACGAACCGGCGAUGCUGCUGAGGAAGCCACAAGACACCACUGCCUUAGUGGGUGACAGGGUCCUUCUCAAGGCCACUUAUAUGGGUCAUCCGGAACCUACAGUUCGAUGGACCAAGGCGGGUCGGGAAUUAAAGAACGACGAACAGACAAGCAUAACAUCCAGUGACGGCGUCUCAUGUUUGCUGCUUCAAAAUAUCACCGCCGAUGAUAGUGGAAAAUACGAUAUAUCUGUAGAAAAUCGUUUUGGGGCAGACUGUAAUUACGCAUCUGUAUCUGUAGAAGGUCCUCCGGAUGCACCAAGCGGAACGCCUUGCGUCUCGGCCAACAUGGACAGCGUCACCGUAGCGUGGAGCAGCUCACCUUACGAUGGCGGCAAAAUAGUUACCGGAUACGCUGUCGAAUACUCUUUAGCGGGCAGCGACGUCUGGACCACCGCAACCGAAGACUGCUACUCCCUUAGUUACACAAUAAGUGGGCUGCAACCUGGAGCUCGAUACAUUUUUCGAGUUCGGGCACAGAAUGUCCACGGAUACAGCAAACCUAGUCAAGAAUCGGAUACUCUUCUUCUAGAGGAGAAAAGUGAUUCGGCCUUCGAACCAAGAAUUGUCGCUUUAGAACCUGGACCAGAGUUUAAACUGAGGUACGAAGUAAUGGAAGAACUCGGAAAAGGACGUUUCGGGGUGGUUCACAAAGUGAUAGAGAAAACAACGUCGCAGAAACUUGCUGCUAAAUUUAUUAAAUGCAGAACUUCCAAAGACAGAGAUAAAGUACAAGACGAGAUUGAUAUUAUGAAUCUCCUCAGGCAUCAGAAGCUGUUGCAGUUGGCUGCAGCCUUCGAGAAUCCCAAAGAAAUGGUCAUGGUUACGGAAUAUAUUUCCGGUGGUGAAUUAUUUGAACGUGUGGUCGCUGAUGACUUCACUUUGACUGAAAAAGACUGUAUUCUCUUCAUGCGUCAAAUCUGCGAAGGUGUAGCCUACAUGCAUAGUCUAAAUAUAGUCCAUUUAGAUUUAAAGCCUGAAAACAUUAUGUGUCACACGAGGACAUCUCACGAAAUCAAGAUCAUCGAUUUUGGGUUAGCUCAGAAACUCAAUCCAGACAAACCAAUUCGGGUACUCUUCGGUACCCCGGAGUUUAUUCCUCCGGAAAUCAUCAAUUACGAACCUAUAGGAGUCGAAUCAGAUAUGUGGUCUUUAGGUGUCAUCUGUUACGUAUUAUUAUCCGGUCUUUCACCUUUUAUGGGAGACAAUGAUGCUGAAACUUUCGCCAAUAUCACCAGGGCUGACUACGAUUUCGAAGACGAAGCAUUUAAUACGGUGUCACAACAUGCUCGAGAUUUCAUCGGUGCACUACUAGUUAAAAGAAAAGAUGAUCGCUUGUCUGCCGAACAGUGCUUGAAACAUAUUUGGUUGGACCCCGAAAAUCACAAAAGUACGGUAGUACUUUCAACAGAUAAACUUAAGAAAUUCAUAAUUAGGCGGAAGUGGCAGAAAACGGGCAAUGCUAUCCGCGCACUUGGAAGAAUGGCAACACUUUCAGCAAGUAGAAGAAACUCUGCCAAUUCUAACCCCAACACCCCGAGGGCGUCAAUAACGGGAAGAAUGUCGAGUUUAAACGAAGAGGAAACGAAUAAUGUUUAUUCAUUAGAAUCAGAACCUAAAUCUUUACCAGUGGACCUAAUUUGCGAUGACAAUAUUACUUCUGUAUUGGAAGAAAAUGUCGACGAUACGAAAAAAACUAUACAUGGCAGAGCCUGUACUGAACGUAGCGACAGCGGAAUCAGCGAUUGUUCCUCACACUUGACUUCUAGUUCUUGUACAUCUACCCCGCUGUUUGGGAAAAAGAUUCCCAUCGACGAAGAACCGGAACUAGACACAGGAACUCUCCAUGAAGAUGUGCCUUCACCGCUUGAGGAGCAGAGCGCGGUUGUUUUAAAUACUCCCAAAGAUAAUUCUUGUUUGAAGGACGUAAGUGAGCAAACUAACAGUUCUAACGAAUCAAGUAGCACAGAAGCAAGUUUCGACGAUAUAAACGAAACCAAAAAAUCUAACGGGUUGAAUCUGGAAAGUAAAAUAGACACUUUAACGAAGAGAGCAACGGCAAAAUGCAAAUCACCAAGUUCGACAGGUAGCUUGAAGAGGCUGCCAAUUUACUCAUCAAGAUCAGUAGCCAAAACUAUCAAAAAAUUCGACAAAAUCGAAAAAUCACCAAAAACUGUAGUUAAUAAUAGAUUUGAUAAAGACCAAAAUUCUAAACUUAGUAAUAAAGAUAAAAAUGAAGUAAACAUGCUUGAAGUCAACAACAAAUUAAAUAGUGUUAAAACUAUUUCUUCACCUAUACAACAAAAAAAGAUAUUUAGUAGCCCAAAAUUUGUAGAAACUAAGAAUGAAAGUUUAGUAUGUAAAUCCAAAGUAGAGAAAAUAGUUCAGAAAAUGUCUGUAUCUGACAGUAAUGCAGCUAACAAUAAUAAUAACAAUAUAAACUUAAAACCUGUAGGUAGUGUGAAAUGUAAAUGUCCAUCGCCUUCUCUCUUGAGAAAAACUCAAGCAGUGAUAGCCAAAGAGCAAUCUAAUGAAUAUUACAUGUCUAAGCAUAAUCACGAAAAUAAAGUUCAUACACCAAAACAUAUGGUUGAUCAAAAUUCUAAAUUUCCGAAAUCUCCGGUCGCAGGUAGACGAGAAAAACCAAAAAGUGCCAGCUUUCAAAAAGCUGCCGCUUUUUGGAAUUCUCCAAAAACUUAACUUGUUUUACCCCAACACCUCGAAGAACACGUAAUAAAAGUACCUAUUUAUGUAUAAUGUAUAUAUUUAUAUUUACUAUUAUAGUGCCUUAAGAUGUAUAAAUACACUUAGCUAUAGGUCUGCUCUCUUGUUCUAACGUUUUGUGUUUUAAAGAGCCGCUGUACCCUCCCCUGUACCUAUUACUUAUGUAACUAUAACAAAAAUAAAAUAUAUUUAUUAUUGUU